GAAAGCAUAGUACUUGAAAAAUAUUCCUUUCGAUUCGAAAGCGUGAGCACUGAGCAGAGCUAAGCAAGCGGCCAUGGCAGAAAUUGCUAAUCCAGGAAGUGAUGUUCCUCCUAACCAGACUAUUUAUAUCAACAAUAUCAACGAAAAGAUUAAGCUCGAUGAGCUGAAGAAGUCGCUAAAUGCGGUGUUUUCUCAAUUCGGGAAGAUAUUAGAGGUAUUGGCAUUCAAGACAUUGAAACAUAAAGGUCAAGCUUGGGUUGUUUUCGAAGAGGUUUCUUCUGCUACUAAUGCGCUUCGUCAAAUGCAAGGUUUUCCUUUCUACGACAAACCUAUGAGAAUACAGUAUGCGAAGACCAAGUCAGAUGUAAUUGCAAAAGCAGAUGGUACUUUUGUUCCUCGAGAAAAAAGGAAAAGGCAAGAAGAGAAAGGUAAUAAGAAGCGGAAAGAACAACUUGAUGCUAAUCAAACAGCUGGUGGUGUGAAUUAUGCUGGAGCUUAUGGCGUAGCGCCUCCACUUUCACAGAUCCCAUAUAUGGGUGUGAAACCAGUUGUCCCAGAAGCCCCGGCUGCACCAAAUAACAUACUUUUUGUUCAAAAUCUUCCACAUGAGGCAACUACCUUGAUGCUAUCCCUGCUGUUUAGACAAUACCCUGGCUUCAAGGAGGUGCGUAUGGUGGAAGCAAAACCGGGCAUUGCAUUUGUGGAGUACGAAAAUGAAAUGCAUUCAACGGUUGCAAUGAACGCUCUCCAGAAUUUCAAAAUGGUUGGAGAUAAUGCAAUGUUAAUCACAUAUGCAAAGAAAUAGAUGACAUCUUUGUUAAAACGUAGCGUAUGUAGAGGAUGAUUCCGGUCUAGGAACUUUAGUCGUCUUGUUGUUUUCGAGUUGCCGUUUAUCUUUCGUGCUUGCACCGAGUAUUGUUAUAUAGUACAGGAUGUAAACUUUUAGCUGGAUAUGUCUUUGAAACUUCAAUUAUGUGCCCAUUCAACAUACCGAGCAUAUUAAAAGUAAAGGAUUUUACCCUUGAUCAAUUUGAAUCUCCAUACUAGAA